AUAGAACGUUAAUAUGUGUGUGUGUGAGUGUGUGUAUAUAUGAAAAUACGUUGAUUGAUACGAAAGGUGUUUGCAAAAAGCAGAAGAAUAAUAUAUGACAAUCUCUAAAGUUACAAAUUAAAAGCAAUGGCUUACGUAAAGGUAAUUACAUGCAUGGCUAUGAUGAUAUGCAUGAUGUUGAUAAGUUCACCAAUGGUAGUGAAUGCAAUAUCAUGCUCAGAAGUGAUAGAAGAAAUAGAACCAUGCUUAGAAUACUUGCGUGGUGGUUCUUCAGCACCAUCAAGAGAAUGUUGUGAUGGAGUGAACAGGCUAAAUCAUAUAGCAGACACAACUAGUGCUCGUAGAACUACUUGUGAAUGUUUGAAAUCUGCUGCUUAUUCUAUUUCAGAUUUGAACACAAACCAUGCUGAGGAACUUCCUAGGAGGUGUGGUGUUAAGCUCCCCUACAGAAUCAGCACCUCCACCGAUUGCAACCGCAUCAGGGCUUGAAGACGAAGCCACAGAGGCAGGAAACUUGAAACUAUUGAUCAUAGUACCAUUAAAUCAUAUUCAGAGUAUAAGAAUAAAAAUAAAUGGGUUUCACCUUUUUUUAUUUAAAAAAAAAAUGCAAAUAUUUGAGUGUAAAGGGGGCUGGCUGCACUUGUAUACCCUCCUCCUCGUGUGUAUUGAUUUUAUUGUAUGACUUGGUGUGUAUUGGUGAUGUUGUAUGAUUUACAUAAUACAACUAUUGUAAUUUGAUUUUCCCUUACUAGUUGUGUGAUUCACCAUGUAUGAAUUUUAGUAAUGGACUUCAUAAAUAAAAGAGUGAUUCAUAUA